AUGGCUUUUGAUGUCGGCCUCGGACUGGAAAACACCCACGUCCUCAUCACUGGCGGUGCAGGGCUAGUAGGCGGGCAUGUCGUCCGCGCCUUCCUCGCAGCGGGCAGCAAGGUAACGGCCGUCGACCUCGCGCCCAACACUCUUUUCGAAGACAAUGACCACCACCCCAAUCUCCACUUCCUCAACGCAGACAUUCGCGAUCCGGCGAGGAUGGAGGCCGCGUUUCGCAGAGCCUGGAGCAAGUUUGGCCCCGUGCACACAUGCGUCGCCCUGGCGUCGCUCGACCUGAGCGUGCUCAACCAGACCGACUCUCUGGCGGACAUGGAUCCGCGCGAAUGGAACAACGUCAUCGAUACGAAUGUCAACGGCACCUUUGUCACAUGUCGACAGUGGCUGCGAUCCCUCCGAAGCGCUAUCGCAGAUAAUCCGGAUGCAACAUCCGAGUUGCGGAACGUGAGUCUGAUCAUCAUGGGCUCGGAAUCGGGGCGUUUCGGCGUUCGUACCAUGGCCGCAUACGCUACUGGAAAGGCGGCGGUGCAAGUUGGUUUGCUGCAGAGCCUGGCGCUAGAUGUCCCGCGCAUCUUUCCGAGGGCGAGGGUCAACGCCAUUGCUCCUGGGCCGGUGGACACCCCGAGGUAUCGAGAGGAGAUGGCGACGUAUGGACGAGAGUGGCAUUGGAAGGAAGCCGAAGCAACUGUGCCUUUGGCGAGAGCAGUUCCGCCGGAAGAUGUAGCCCGGACGAUCCUCUUCCUCGCUAGUGAACGGUACAGUGGAAGUGUACACGGACAGCUGAUCCCCAUCGACGGAGGCAAGACGGGAGCGCUCGCCUGGACUCAGCAAGAACUUGACAAUAGAAUAACGGCCUAG